AUGCUCCCGAUUGAAGUUGGAUUUUGGGAAGAAAACACAAAAUUUCUCAGUGCUAAAUUGAUUUGUCAUCUGACCUUUCAGAGAUGGGUUAUCAUAGUAAGAAGAUGUCACAUAGCUCUGUUACUUACGGAUCUUGAAGACAUAUUUGGAUACGUCUUUGGUAUAACCUCAAGCUUGUUCUAUUUGAGUGCUAGAAUUCCCCAAAUACUACAAAAUUAUAAUCGUCAGUCUGUGGAGGGUCUUUCCAUGUUCAUGUUUAUCAUAAGUGUGCUUGGUAACUCAACGUAUGGAUGUUCUAUUUUGAUGCAGAGUAUUGAGAAUUUAUUCAUACUUCGUCAUCUACCGUGGUUAGUCGGCAGUCUGGCCCUCAACCCUGUACCUCCUAACCCUGUACCUCCUAACCCUGUACCUCCUAACCCUGUACCUCCUAACCCUGUACCACUUAACCCUGUACCUCCUAACCCUGUACCUCCUAACCCUGUACCUCCUAACCCUGUACCUCCUAACCCUGUACCUCCUAACCCUGUACCUCCUAACCCUGUACCUCCUAACCCUGUACCUCCUAACCCUGUACCUCCUAACCCUGUAGCCCUCAACCCUGUACCUCUUAACCCUGUACCUCCUAACCCUGUAGCCCUCAACCCUGUACCUCCUAACCCUGUACCUCCUAACCCUGUAGCCCUCAACCCUGUACCUCUUAACCCUGUACCUCUUAACCCUGUACCUCUUAACCCUGUACCUCUUAACCCUGUUCCCAACCCUGUUGCUCCCAUUUCUGUAGCUCAAAACCCCGUAGCUCCCAUAUCUGUAGUGCUCAACCCUGCAGCACCCAACCCUCCCUUACAAAAGUUUCCUAUAGGAUUUUUAAAAUCUUAUAGGAUUUUAAAAAAUCCUAUAGGACUUUUCAUGAAAUCCUAUAGGACUUUUCAUGAAAUCCUAUAG